AUGGCUACAGUAGAUCCGUCCCCCGCCACAUCGGUUCCAGGGGAAGCAGCCCCGAUGACGGAGCAUGAUACUACUACGAUUGCAGGUGCAACUCCUGCUCAACAGACGGAAGCACCAAAAGGACAAUCACAACAGCAGCAGCCGACGAGGAUAGAUACCGCAGCUGCAUCGGCAACCGCCCAGACGCCAGCAUCGAAUCAUGGAUCACCCACAACGACGACAAAGUCCCCCAUAACGGGCGCCAUGUCCUCGUCUCCCGUCGACAUUCAGAGCGUCAAGGGCCUCGGCGACGCCACUGCUGAAGGGGCUAUCCCCUCUCAGGACGAUACCAACCCGCUGGACUUUCACGGCGACGUGCAGACCAACAAUAGUCUGCCUACCCCGGAGACGCUGCGCAAGCUCGAGCAGUACACCGUCCUUGAUGAGAGCGGCAAGUCGCGCCCGUUCAAGAGCUUGUACACGGGUCCCAAUGUGGCGCGCCGGGUCUUGAUCAUCUUUAUUCGACACUUUUUCUGUGGUAACUGCCAAGAAUACCUGCGCCAGCUCUCAGCCGCCAUACCGCCGGAGCGGCUCCUCCAGCUGCCCGUGUCGACCUCGAUCGCCGUCAUCGGCUGCGGCUCGCCCAAGCUCAUCUCGGCCUACCUGCGCGAGACGGGGUGUCCGUACCCCGUCUACGCCGACAACACACAGCACCUGUACCGCGAGUUGGGCAUGAUCCGGACCCUGUCGGCGGGCGACCGCCCCGCCUACAUGCAGAACCGCAGCAUGGCGCAGACGGUGGUCUCGGGCAUCACCCAGGCCCUCAAGCAGGUCAAGAGCGGCCUCAUAUUGCAAAUGGGCGACCAGAAGCAGGUCGGCGGCGAGUUUCUGUUUGAACCCACGUCGCGGGACGUCGAGAGCCCAAUCGCCACGCCGCACGACCAUCCCGUUACCACGACGGCUGCCGCGGCCGCCCACGAUCACAGCGGCCUGCUCCACGAAGAGGACUGUCCCGCCAACGGUCACCACGACGAGCCCAGCGAGGACAAGACCAUUACCUGGUGCCACCGCAUGCGCAACACGCGCGACCACGUCGAGAUCCCCGAGCUCAUGGACGUGCUAGGCCUCGAGGAGGAGGAGGUUCAAAACCGACCCCCCUCGCUCGACAAUGCCGCCGGCUCGCAAAAGUCGGGCAAGCACGGCGACCGCUGGGCCAAGGCCUCGCGGACACGCAAGGGCACCGGCUCGAGCAUGGCCAGUCGCAUGAGCCGCAUGAGUUUGGAUGCCAAGGCCUGGCAAAGACCACACCCGCCGCCUGUGGACGAGGUUGAGAAGUGA